ACCUAUUUUCUUCCCACCUGUUAUAAUCAUCCUUAUCAUUAUUAUUACAAUGAUAAUAAUGAUCUUUAUAGUCAGUGUGCAGCUCCAGUCUCUGGAGGAGGAGUCAGCAGCUUUAAAGCUUCAUCAGUUCUCAGAGAGCAGAACAGACCUGAGAGACACAGCGACGGUCGGACUGUUAAUAUCAAGACUGAAUAAAACCGGUUUAUCUCGGCCAGACAUCAUGAGGUCCCUCGCACUCUUCCUGUUUCUGGUUCCGGUCCUAUGUGUCCUCUCGGUCCGGGUCUCUGCGGGUCCGGGGUGCGGACUGUGUGACCCGACGCAGUGCGCCUCUCUCCCGGCGGAGGGUUGUCCGGCCGGCUCUCUGCAAGACUCCUGCAGCUGCUGCUCGGUGUGCGCUGCUGCGGAGGGAGAGCAGUGUGGUGGUCGCCGCGCGGCAGCGCGCCGCUGUGGAUCCGGGCUGGAGUGCGUCAAAAGGGACGAGGACAAGAAGAACAAGAUGGGCGCGUGCGGCUGCAAGAGCAACUAUGAGGUCUGCGGCAGCGACGGCCUGACUUACAGGAGCGGCUGUGCACUGAAAAGCGCCAGCCUGGCAGCCCAGGAACAGGGCAGAGAACCCAUCAACAUCCAGAAUAAGGGCCGUUGCGCCUCAGCUCCAGUCAUCGUCACUGCUCCAGGUGAAGUGUACAACGUGAGCGGCUCUCAGGUGUACCUGAGCUGUGAGGCGGUGGGCGUGCCCACACCUGUCCUCACCUGGAAGAAGGUCAUCAGUGGGAAGAAGAGGAUGGAGCUUCUUCCUGGAGACAGAGAUAACCUGGCCAUUCAGACGAGAGGAGGACCGGAGAAACAUGAAGUGACUGGCUGGGUGCUGAUCUCGCCUCUGACCAAAGAAGAAGAAGGAUCCUACGAGUGUCACGCGGCCAACGCGAAAGGAGAGGCUUCAGCUGUCGGAGUGAUCCAUCUCGUUGAGUCCAUUGACGACAUUGUCAAGACGGUGAAGGAGGACGAGUUGUGAUCGGCCAAUCAGAGAUCGGCUGAUCUGAGAUCAGUGAAGAUGGUCGGAGAUCAUUAUUAUCACAUUUCUUUUCAUCUUUCUUUUCAUGUAUUUCUGAAUUUAAGUAUACAUUUUGUUUAGUUUCUCUUCAGUUUAAUGAUUACAGUUUAGUUGCUACAUUUACAAAAUAGAGAUUUAACUCUUGAACUUUUCAUAUUUUACCAUUAUAUUCAUUUAUCAUUUAUUAUCUUUUUCUCCACUGAGCAGCAGAGAUAAAAUAAAUGCUUUUAUUUUUGGAAAGACUUGAAUCGGAUGGCAACAGUACUGAUGCAUUCAUCAUAUGCAAAUAAAAUCUGUUUAAUAAAGUUUUCAAAAAUGUCUAAUUCAGAGAAAUAAAACUUAAUCAUCAAUUCUGUGUAUCAGACUUAAACGUUUUAAACUGAAAUUAUUUGUCAUUCUUUUUCUGAAUAAAUGUUGGAAAGAUA